AUGGCCAACCCCAUGCCGCCCGAAAACAUGGCCCGCGUGAUCUUCAAGGAUCUACCCUUCCUGAUCCCUCUCCCGACCGCCAAUGAUGAUCUCCAAGCAACAGCCAAGAAGAUGGAAGCCAUCGCUGACAUCAUCUCCAGCGGGGGCCGUCUGGAAGUCGAAAUGUGGCUGGGUGCGAUCGCCCAGGCUAAAAGAGCCAUGAGCAUCCCCGAACUGAAUGCAUUCGAGGCAUGGCAACGGCAGAGCGUUCCCAUCCCAACCUUCAACUGGUCCUGCACCGAGCCCGUUCCCGACGAGGGUCGCCAGUCAUUCAGGGCCCGCGCCGCUGCCAUGGACGUCAUCUGGAAGCACAACGGAGCUACCGCCGGCAAUGCGGUUUGGUUAUCGGCUCAUAUGCAAAGCGUGAUUCCGCUCGUCAAAGCUGUCAUCAAGAUGAUUCGCGCCCGGGACUGUCUCGCCCUCAAUGACCGAUACAAGGGCCUGGAUCAGCAGCAAAUUGCCGAAGCCGAAAUUCUGCGGUCGAUCAACGUCGCUGCCGGUAACUGCAUCAAGCGUGACAAAUCCAGGGUCAACACGGUGACCUAUUCGAUUCAUAAGUCGCAAACGGUGCUGAAAAACCGAAUUGCGGACCUCAUCAAGGAUGACGAUGGUGAUAUCUAA